GUAGAACCAGCACUGCCAACACCUCUGCAGGGUCGUUCCCCGCCCAGGGGAAGCACAGCUGAGAAGCCAGUGCAUGGCAGUCCAACUCUCCAGCUAGCACGGUGGCUUUCAUGGAGACCCUGAAAGCUUUUGACCGGGAAGUAAAUGUAUUUGUGGACUAUAUGUUUGGACCUCGAGAUCCCAGGGUUAGAGGAUGGUUCCUUUUGGACUCUUACCUUCCUACGUUUUUCCUUACUGGAGCAUAUCUACUCUGCAUAUGGCUGGGCAACAAGUUCAUGAAGAACAGGCCUCCUUUCUCUCUCAGACCUCACCUCAUCGUGUACAACCUGGGCAUCACACUGCUCUCCUUCUACAUGCUCAUAGAGCUCAUCCUUGCCACAUGGGAAGGCAGCUACAACUUGCAGUGCCAGAACCUCCACAGCGCAGGGGAGGCCGAUCUACGGGUAGCCAAGGUGCUGUGGUGGUAUUAUUUUUCCAAAGUAAUUGAAUUCAUGGACACUAUCUUCUUUGUACUGAGAAAGAAAAGCAGCCAGAUCACCUUCCUUCAUGUGUAUCACCAUGCCACUAUGUUUAACAUUUGGUGGUGUGUUCUGAACUGGAUACCUUGUGGGCAGAGUUUCUUUGGACCCACUUUGAAUAGCUUUAUCCACGUGCUUAUGUAUUCUUACUACGGACUGUCAGUCAUCCCUUCUAUGCGCAAAUAUCUCUGGUGGAAGAAAUACCUCACUCAGGCACAACUGAUCCAGUUUCUGCUCACUAUUGUGCACACACUCAGUGCAGCUGUGAAGCCAUGUGGAUUCCCAUUUGGCUGCCUCAUGUUCCAGUCCUCCUACAUGGCCACACUGGUCAUCCUCUUCAUCAACUUCUACAUUAAGACGUACCGGAAAGCACCUUCAAGAACAGCCGUAAAGGAAAGCCCUGUCACAACCGAAAUCAAGAAUGGUUUCCACAAGGACUACUUUGCUGCUGCCAAUGGAUUGCAGAAAAAUAAGAAGGCACAAUAA